AUGGCUGUAAUUUGGAUGAUCCAUUAUCUUUGGCUUUUGGCAGUUCUAGCAAGAUGCAGUGGUGGCCACAGCCUAUUCUCUUGUGAACCCAUAAUCCUGAGGAUGUGCCAAGAUCUUCCAUACAAUACCACAUUUAUGCCUAACCUUUUGAAUCAUUAUGAUCAACAAACAGCAGCUCUAGCAAUGGAACCAUUUCAUCCUAUGGUAAACCUUGAUUGUUCCCGAGACUUUCGACCAUUCCUAUGUGCUCUCUAUGCUCCCGUUUGCAUGGAGUAUGGUAGAGUUACCCUCCCAUGUCGCAGAAUUUGUCAACGAGCAUAUAGUGAAUGUUCAAAGCUCAUGGAGAUGUUUGGUGUGUCUUGGCCAGAAGACAUGGAAUGCAACAGGUUCCCAGACUGUGAUGAGCCUUACCCUCGUCCCAUUGACCUCAAUGUAGUUGGGGAACCAACAGAAAAAGCAGCAGUGGAAGUGCAAAGAGACUAUGGUUUUUGGUGCCCUCGAGAACUGAAAAUAGACCCUGAUCUGGGCUACACAUUCCUGCGGGUACGGGACUGUUCCCCUCCUUGUCCAAAUAUGUACUUUAGACAAGAAGAACUUUCUUUCGCACGAUACUUCAUUGGUGUGAUCUCCAUUGUCUGCCUUUCUGCUACCUUGUUCACUUUCUUGACUUUCCUGAUUGAUGUUACAAGAUUUCGCUAUCCAGAAAGACCCAUAAUCUUCUAUGCUGUUUGUUACAUGAUGGUGUCCCUCAUUUUCUUCAUUGGCUUUUUGCUAGAGGACCGGGUUGCCUGCAAUGCCUCCGGCCCUGCCACUUACAAGGCUUCCACAGUGACACAGGGCUCUCACAAUAAAGCAUGCACCAUGCUUUUCAUGGUACUGUAUUUCUUCACCAUGGCUGGGAGCGUUUGGUGGGUGAUUCUUACCAUCACUUGGUUUUUGGCAGCUGUCCCAAAAUGGGGUAGUGAAGCCAUUGAGAAGAAAGCCCUCCUCUUCCAUGCUAGUGCAUGGGGCAUCCCUGGAACCCUUACCAUCAUUCUCCUAGCUAUGAAUAAAAUAGAAGGUGAUAACAUCAGUGGCGUAUGUUUUGUUGGCCUUUAUGAUGUAGAUGCCUUGAGAUACUUUGUUCUUGCUCCUCUCUGCCUGUAUGUGAUGGUUGGAGUUUCUUUGCUACUUGCUGGCAUCAUUUCUUUAAAUCGGGUUCGUAUUGAAAUUCCCUUAGAGAAGGAAAACCAGGACAAGUUGGUGAAAUUUAUGAUUCGGAUUGGCGUCUUCAGUGUACUGUAUCUUGUGCCACUCUUGGUUGUCAUUGGCUGCUAUUUUUAUGAGCAAGCUUACCGAAGUGUGUGGGAGACAACAUGGAUUCAAGAAAGGUGCAAGGAAUAUCACAUACCUUGCCCUUAUCAGGUUACCCAGAUGAGUCGACCGGACUUGAUCCUCUUCCUUAUGAAAUAUCUGAUGGCCCUCAUAGUAGGAAUCCCAUCAGUCUUUUGGGUUGGAAGUAAAAAGACUUGCUUUGAAUGGGCCAGCUUUUUUCAUGGGCGCAGGAAAAAAGAGGUUGUUAAUGAGAGCCGACAAGUACUUCAGGAACCUGACUUUGCUCAGUCUCUUUUGAGAGAUCCAAAUACACCCAUAAUUCGCAAAUCCAGAGGGACUUCCACCCAAGGGACUUCUACUCAUGCCUCCUCUACACAAUUGGCUAUGAUGGAUGACCAACGAAGCAAAGCAGGCAGUGUGCAUAGCAAAGUUAGUAGCUACCAUGGCAGCUUGCACAGGUCACGAGAUGGCAGAUAUACCCCCUGCAGUUAUCGUGGAAUUGAAGAACGACUACCUCAUGGCAGUAUGUCCCGAUUGACUGAUCACUCCAGGCAUAGCAGUUCUCAUCGGCUCAAUGAUCAGUCACGUCACAGUAGCACCAGAGACCUCAGUGGAAAUCCAGUAACUCACAUAACUCAUGGCACCAGCAUGAACCGAGUUAUUGAAGAGGAUGGGACCAGCGCUUGAUCUGCACUUCUUUUCCCAUCUUACACAUAUUUUUAAAUGAACAGCAUCCAUUUCUUAUCAGAAUAAUAUAUCAUCUUUUAUUCCUCUUAUCAGCCAGAAUGGCACCCAGUUCGGUCAGUACCUUUUCCUGUAGCUGAAGAUUUCUUAGGAAGACUGCCUCUAAGCAAGUUAUUGUUGAUCAAGUCUACAAGUUAACCAUGGAUGCAUUUAAGAUUGGCUAUUAUAUUUAUUUAUUUGUUGAUGUUUCCCCAAUCCCUUCUAAAAAUCCUUAUGCAU